GCCCCUGCUCCCCUUUUCCCGGCCUGCAGAGCCGUGGCCGACUCGCUCCCGCGGUCGGCGGAGCGGGUGCGCGCCGGGGUCGCGCGGCUGCAGAGCAGGGCGAGCGCGCGCAGGAGGAGUGGAGGCGUAGGGGGGCGGCGGACGAGUCGGUUGCUCGCAAGAUGGCGGACGAGGACGGGGAAGGAAUUCACCCCUCAGCCCCUCACCGGAAUGGAGGCGGCGGCGGUGGCGGGGGGUCUGGGCUCCACUGCGCCGGGAACGGCGGCGGGGGAGGCGGCGGCCCGCGGGUCGUGCGCAUCGUCAAGUCAGAGUCCGGAUACGGCUUCAACGUGCGGGGCCAAGUGAGCGAGGGCGGGCAACUGCGGAGCAUCAACGGGGAGCUGUACGCGCCGCUGCAGCAUGUGAGCGCCGUGCUGCCCGGGGGGGCGGCCGACCGGGCCGGGGUGCGCAAGGGGGACCGCAUCCUGGAGGUGAACGGCGUGAAUGUUGAGGGGGCGACACACAAGCAGGUGGUGGACCUGAUCCGAGCAGGCGAGAAGGAAUUGAUCUUGACAGUGUUGUCUGUACCUCCUCAUGAGGCGGAUAACCUAGAUCCCAGUGACGACUCCUUGGGACAAUCAUUUUAUGAUUACACAGAAAAGCAAGCAGUGCCCAUAUCGGUCCCCACAUACAAACAUGUGGAGCAGAAUGGUGAGAAGUUUGUGGUAUACAAUGUUUACAUGGCAGGGAGGCAGCUGUGUUCUAAGCGGUACCGGGAGUUUGCCAUCCUGCACCAGAACCUGAAAAGAGAAUUUGCCAACUUUACAUUUCCUCGACUUCCAGGAAAGUGGCCAUUCUCAUUAUCAGAACAACAGUUAGAUGCUCGGCGUCGGGGGUUGGAAGAAUAUCUAGAAAAAGUGUGUUCAAUCCGAGUCAUUGGUGAGAGUGACAUCAUGCAGGAAUUCCUGUCAGAGUCUGAUGAGAACUACAAUGGUGUGUCUGAUGUAGAGCUGAGAGUAGCGUUGCCAGAUGGAACAACAGUUACCAUCAGAGUUAAAAAGAACAGUACUACAGAUCAAGUAUAUCAGGCUAUUGCAGCAAAGGUUGGCAUGGACAGUACAACAGUGAAUUACUUUGCCUUAUUUGAAGUGAUCAAUCAUUCCUUUGUACGUAAGCUGGCACCUAACGAAUUUCCUCAUAAACUCUACGUCCAGAAUUAUACGUCAGCUGUGCCAGGCACCUGCCUGACUAUUCGAAAGUGGCUUUUUACAACAGAAGAAGAAAUCCUCUUAAAUGACAAUGACCUUGCUGUUACAUACUUCUUUCAUCAGGCUGUUGAUGAUGUGAAGAAAGGUUACAUUAAAGCAGAGGAAAAGUCUUACCAGCUACAGAAACUAUAUGAACAAAGGAAGAUGGUCAUGUACCUCAACAUGCUAAGGACUUGUGAGGGCUACAAUGAAAUCAUCUUCCCCCACUGUGCCUGUGACUCCAGGAGGAAGGGGCACGUUAUCACAGCCAUCAGCAUCACGCACUUUAAACUUCAUGCCUGCACUGAAGAGGGACAGCUGGAGAACCAGGUAAUAGCAUUUGAAUGGGAUGAGAUGCAGCGAUGGGACACAGAUGAAGAAGGAAUGGCCUUCUGUUUUGAAUAUGCACGAGGAGAGAAGAAGCCUCGAUGGGUUAAAAUCUUCACACCAUACUUCAAUUACAUGCACGAAUGCUUUGAGAGGGUGUUCUGCGAGCUCAAGUGGAGAAAAGAGGAAUAUUAGUUAGAGACUGAUUAUCCAUGUGAGCCAGGACAUUGUCCCAGCGAGGCUGGCCUCUGGAUGGUGAAUGAGCUGUGCACAAAAGCCCUGCUUCUCCCCUUGUCUAGAGGGUGGACAUUGGCUACAGGCUCUCCCAUCUCUCAUGACUUCAUGGACCCUCUUCUGCCUGUGUUUCUUUUUUUGAUCAGAUAACCCUCCGUGUUGUUUCUGAACCAGGAUGGCAUCUGUCCUGAGUUUUAGCCAUCUGACUGGAUAAGUCACAAUAGAGUCUUUCUUUGAGAACCAAGAAUGCAUAUAUGGGGGAAAUUUUUUGCUAUUGCUGUUGUAGGUGUCAGUGCUGGAGCAGAAUUUAGAAGACUCUAUCUAAAACUUAGCUAUUUAUUCUCAAAGAAAAUCAGAGACUCAAGAGGUAAAGUUAGUAACAUGAAAAUUUAUAUCUUAUUAUAGUAGGAAGAACACUGGGCUCUGGGAAUCAUGUAGGAUUUCUCCUAGCUUUCUUUUAUCUGUACUUUUAGGUGAAUCAGCCUCCUUAGAUCUUUGGUAAAAAUAGGAAGACUGAGCCAGGGGAUAAAUAUUCAAGGUCCUCCAAGUUCGAGGAGGUUCUAGAUGGGAAGUUGUGUCAGACUGGUCAGCCAAGCAUGCUGCUCCAGCUCUGUCUGAGGGUUGUCUCCAGGUGGGAGAGGACGCAGCUCCUCAGUAACUCCUCUCCUUUUUUUCCUUUCAGAACAUUUUCCAGAUGGCGAGGUCACAGCAGAGGGAUGUGGCCACCUAGCCUUUCCUCAUCCCUUUCCCUUCUCCUUGCCCUUAUCCUCUUAUCCUUUCAUCUCUCAUGUCAGACAGAGUAACCAUUAACAGAAAAGAAAAGAAAAGAAAAAGGAAAAAAAGUAUGUUCAAAAUCCCUAAGCUAAAUAUUAUUGAUAACUCCCUCUGAAUUUCAUCUCUGGAACUGAGCUGGUAGAGAGCAGUAAGUUGGUUAGUACUGGAAGUCCACUAAGAUAAGACAGAAAUAAGCCCAGCCAACUUGUCAAAGGUAGCUUUGUCCUUUUGACUGGGCCUCAUAUCAACAGACUCUCCUUGUACUUAUUUUUAAAACUGGAACUAUGAACUCCAUCCAUUUGCACUGUUCAAACAUAUAUGUAUGUAUGUAAAAAAUUAUAUAUACACAAAUUAGCUGCACGUAUAUACAUAUAUAUUUCUUUUUAAAUUUCAUAUUGAUGGCAGUACCUUUUUUAGCUUGUGUUUUUACACACCUUUCACUAGAAUUCAUGAUCUCUCUCUUCCUCUCUUUAUUUUGAAACAAACUUUAAAAAGGAAAAAAAAAAAAUUACAGGGAAAAUACCUCUCCUCAUAAAGGACUCUAAAAGUUUACAACCUGCUUGGGUUUUUCCCCCCUUUUUUGCAUUGAGUGCAGUUUCUGGCUCAUGGUUUGCCAGAGUCUGAGGAGCAAGGCGUGUGGUGUCUUUAUUGUCCAAGAGUAUUUUGAGGAGAAAGAGGCUGUUUCUCCAGAGCAGUGAAACUGCAGGUCUACAAGGAGUCUAGAGACUCACCAUAGUCUCCUGAUUCCAAAACAUCUUCCUGGUCCAUAUCUCCUACUCAAGACUUCUCAUCCAUUCUGCCUCUCCUCUCCUUUUCCUUACGGUCCUUUGUAUGCUUCCUUUCAACUAGCCCGAAACAGUUGAGGGUGGGCUUGGGAGGCUGAUAGCAUAGGAACUUAACACCUUGUGAUGGUAACUCCAUUUCCUUGCUCUUCCGUGGCAGGGACAGUAUUAGGGACUAGGACUAAAGCUUGUUAUCUCAGGCACAAAGCUUGGGCAUAUGCAGGAAAAAGAAAGGCAGCAAUGACGUAUCUAUAAAGGUUUUACUGCCUCCAUUCCUGACCAGUAACCACCUGCAAUUUACAUUCUCUGUGACUUCCUUAAACAGCUGUGUUGGGAAGGGCCUAAAGAACACUUAGAAUGGGUCUUGGUCAGUGUCAACCAAACCAUAGCCCCAUUCAUGCCAGCUGAGGGCCCAGGAAAGAGUGGGGAUAUGGUUAAUUUUGGUCAGAUCUUCACCCUUACUUCAAAGGAGACUGAAGGGAAUGUGGGGUAGGGUGGGAAUGUGGCUCAGUUGGGAGAGUGCUUACCUAACAUGCAUAAAGCCCUGUGUUCCAUGCCUUUACCACAUAAAAGUGGAUACAGUAGAGCACACCUAUAAUCCUAGCACUUGGGAAGUGAAGGCAGAGGACCAGAAGUUCAAGUCCAUUCUUGACUGCAUAGCAAGUUCAAGGCCAGCCUGGGCUCCAUGAAACCCUGUCUCAAAAAAGGAGCCAAGUGUCAUGGUGCACACCUUAACCCCAGAACUUGGGAGGUAGAGGCAGGUGGAUCUCUGUGAAUUAUGGGCCACCCAGGUCUACAUAUUGAGCUCCAGGCCAGCCAAGAUGUGAAACCCUGUUGCAAAAAAAA